GCGUCACCUCCACACUUGGUCUGCACACUACUACACAAGUCAUCAUCCAGCAUCAGCAUGAGCAUCUCCAUUGGUACAGACGUGCAGCAUGCCUACGAGCAAAUCAAAGCAGGUGAUCUCCUCUGGGCAGUCUUUGGCUACGAAGGCCAACAAUCCCUCAAAGUCCAAGCAACGAGCAGCACCGACUAUGACGAAUUUCCCGAUGAAUUCAGUGACGGACGGCUCCAGUAUGCCUUCCUCAAAGUCACCGAACCCAAUAGUCAAUUACCCAAGUUUGUCCUUGUGGGUUGGUGUGGUGAUGGCGCUCCGAGGAAAGGGAUCUUCCAACAGCACUUUGCCUCUGUCGCGGGUCAACUCACUGGUUACCAUGUUCAAGUAACGGCACGCUCCAGUGAUGAUGUGGCAAUGGCAGAGAUUGAGAAGAAGGUGGCAGACGCAUCCGGUGCAAAGUAUACCGUCAGCCAAGCAUCCUCCGUCUUUGGACCAACAAGCUCGAAAAAGACAAACUCACUCGUGAAUCAGCUCAAGCAGCAGAAUAGCAGUGCUCCGCUUGUUUCUGCGAGAAAGCCAAUGGCGCAAACGGCACCUAGGCUGCCACCUGGUGCGCCAGCCAGCGCAAAACCAACUGUGAGGACUGCAUCGACGAGAAAAGUGGCAGAUUGGGAUUCUGAGCAAAAAGCAGAACCAGUCAAGCUGCCAGGCAUAGGAGCCGCAACAACUACAGACACAGCAGAUGCACCCGUCAAGUCGAGUUACCAACCGAUUGGCCGACCUGAUAUUGCCGCCUUGCGUGCUCAAGGAUCCGGUGAUCAAGAAGCGCCGUCUCGAGGCAGUACGGGAACGACCUAUCGUCCUGCAGAGGUACCGAAAACAGGCGCUUUGGCAGAUCGCAUGUCUGCUUUUACAAACAACGAAACAAGCUCUACGGCGCCACCUACAACAACGCGACCACGGCAAUCGUCUAAUCCGCUAGCUAGUCGAUUCGGUCAACCUUCCUUUGGCACAAAACCUGCACUCCCUGGACAACAAACAACUGGGUCCAAGGCACUCGGUGGUUUGAGUAAGAAUUUUGGUGCAGAAGAUGGCAAAACGCCUGCGCAACUUUGGCAAGAGCGGAAAGCACGGGAACGUGGUGAAUCGAUUCCAGAACCUGUGCAGAGAGAAGCACCUGUGAAGGCUGCACAGUAUGGGCAAGAGGAGGAAGAAGAACGUGGUGUGGGUGCAUUGAAGGAGAAGUUUGCCGCUGUUGCAGUGGCACCAACACCGCCACCUGCUGCUGUGGCAAGAAGUGUACCGCCUGUUCGUGCGGCUUCCCCUGAACAAGAGGAAGCGGAAGAAGAGGAGGUUGCAGUACCCCCGCCACCACCUAUGAACACACGACCUUCAGGAGCUCGUGAGGCUGAACCAGAGCCUGAGCCAGAGACUGAAGAGGAAGUUGAAGAAGAAGCGGAAGCAGAAGCAAGUGCUCCAACGCAAUCCACUUUCAAAGACCAGCUUGCCGCCAAGAUUGGUGGUGGCCCCGUGGCGCCAGCAGCAGCAGCGUCGUCUGCGCCCGCCAAGCAAGCGAGUGGUAAACCACAAGCGCGUGUGUUGUAUGACUAUGAAGCUGCUGAGGAGGGAGAAGUCUCGCUUGCUGAAGGAGCGUUGGUGACUGAAAUUGAUCAGAUUGACGAAGGUUGGUGGUCUGGCACGAAUGAUGUGGGUGAGCAAGGCUUGUUCCCUGCCAAUUACGUGGAGCUUGUGGAGGGUGACGUUGAGGCACAGGCUGCUCCUGCGAGCAAGACUGGUGCUGGGUCAGAGAAGGGUCAGUGUGCUGUUGCCGAGUAUGGCUACGAGGUGGGCGAGGAAGGGGAGAUUGGAUUUGAGGAGGGAGAGGAGAUUACCCACAUCGAGCAGGUGGAUGAGGGCUGGUGGGAGGGCCGCAAUGCUGCUGGUGAGAAGGGCCUGUUCCCGAGUUCAUAUGUGCGGCUGAAGUAGCUGUUGCCCGUAGUAGACUCAGUAGAGUGCAGCAGACACUGCGCAGGAACCAGACAACCACACCACACAACACACACAGCAAGCUUCGGCUGUUCCUGACCAGAUAUAGACAAUGAGUAAGUGAGCCCAUCGCACCUCAUACGCCCAU